CCAAGGGCUGGGGCAGGGCCCAGUGGGCUGGAGGUGCUCAUUCUCAGCUUCCUGCCUGGGGCUGGAGAGAACCAGCAGGCGCCGGGCGCAGGAGCUGCUCGAACAAUGCUGAGGCGGGCGAGGUGAGGAGCGGCCGGCCCUGCCUCCGCGAGGAAGCGUCGAAGGGGUGUCUCGAACAGGUGAUCGGAGGAGCCGGAAACCGAGGCCACCUGGGCGGGCAUCCCUCCCCUCUCCUCGGCCAGGCCCUGCCCCCCGGAGAAGGUGGGGAAACCAUGGCGACCAAUUUCAACGACAUCGUCAAGCAAGGCUACGUGAAGAUGAAGAGCAGGAAGCUCGGGAUCUACCGCAGGUGCUGGCUGGUGUUCCGGAAGUCCUCCAGCAAGGGGCCCCAGCGGCUGGAGAAGUACCCGGAUGAGAAGUCCGUGUGCCUCCGAGGCUGCCCCAAGGUGACCGAGAUCAGUAAUGUCAAGUGCGUCACACGGCUCCCCAAGGAGACCAAGAGGCAGGCAGUGGCCAUCAUCUUCACUGACGACUCGGCCCGGACCUUCACCUGCGACUCAGAACUGGAGGCGGAGGAGUGGUACAAGACCCUGUCUGUGGAGUGUCUGGGGUCGAGGCUCAACGACAUCAGUCUGGGAGAGCCGGACCUCCUGGCCCCGGGGGUGCAGUGUGAACAGACAGAUCGCUUCAACGUCUUCCUGUUACCCUGCCCCAACCUGGACGUGUAUGGCGAGUGCAAGCUGCAGAUCACCCACGAGAACAUCUACCUCUGGGACAUACACAACCCCCGCGUGAAGCUCGUCUCGUGGCCCCUCUGCUCACUGCGCCGCUAUGGCCGGGACACCACACGCUUUACCUUCGAGGCUGGCCGGAUGUGUGACGCUGGGGAAGGGCUCUACACCUUCCAGACGCAGGAAGGGGAACAGAUUUACCAGCGGGUCCACAGUGCCACCCUGGCCAUCGCCGAGCAGCACAAGCGGGUCCUGCUAGAAAUGGAGAAGAAUGUGAGGCUGCUGAACAAGGGCACGGAACAUUACUCCUACCCCUGCACGCCCACGACCAUGCUGCCCCGCAGUGCCUACUGGCACCACAUCACGGGCUCCCAGAACAUCGCCGAGGCCUCCAGCUACGGUGGUGAGGGGCAUGGGGCAGCCCAGGCCAGCUCGGAAACGGACCUCCUCGACAGAUUCAUCCUGCUAAAGCCAAAGCCCAGCCAGGGGGACAGCAGCGAGGCCAGGACCCCCGCCCAGUGACAGCCGGGCUGGCGUGCACCCAUGACUGCGGGGCUGCCCGCUGCGAACUGAGGACAGCCUCAGGGGGCUAUUGGCCACGCGCCUGGAGAA